AUGGGAAGCCUAUUUUCCAUGGUUGCCUUUCCCUGUUUUCUCCUUCUUUCUGCAUUAAUGGCAUCAUCAGCCCAGCAACAAAGAAAUUCCAAUAUUACCCUUGGCUCAUCUUUAAAACCCAGUACAAAUUCACCAUGGUUGUCACGUUCUGGGCUCUAUGCCUUUGGAUUCUACGAGCUAAACAAUAGCUAUGCUGUCGGAAUUUUUCUUGCUGGGAUUCCAGAAAAGACUCUAGUGUGGACAGCAAACAGGGAUGAUCCCUUUUUUCCCAGCACUGCCGUUUUGCAAUUAAAAAAUGAUGGAAGGCUCAUUUUGCAGCAGGAAGAUAAAGCUGACAUAGAUAUUGUGAAUCCUGGCCCGUCUGUUGCUUCGGCUUCAAUGCUUGACAGUGGCAAUUUUGUACUGUAUGAUUCAUCUCAGAGGAUCGUGUGGCAGAGUUUUGAUAACCCGACGGACACUCUUUUGCCUAACCAACGUCUCUCCGCAGGAAAAGAGAUCUUCUCCAGUGCUUCGAAAGAGAACCCUGCCAGAGGAAUUUUCCGUCUCAAGAUGCAAACUGAUGGGAACCUGGUGCAAUACCCUGUGGAAACUCCAGACACAUGGCAAUAUGCUUACUAUGCAUCAGGCACCAAUGGAAGAGGCGAUAAUGUAUCAUUGAAUCUUGAUAAUGAUGGCAAUCUUUAUUUGUUCAAUGGAAGCUCCGUUAUAAGCAAUUUAACGACAGGACUAUAUCGAACAAGAACUAUCUACCGCAUGAAAAUUGACGUGGAUGGUAUUUUUCGACUAUAUUAUCGUUCAUUGGAUCCUCAAGGUAACUGGACUAAACAAUGGUCACCAACAGAAGAUAAAUGCGCCCCAAAGGGUUUAUGUGGGUUGAAUGGUUUUUGUAUUAUGAUGGAUGAAGAUGCAGAGUGUGGAUGUCUUCCAGGAUUUGACCACGUUAAUCCUGGCAAUUGGAGCUCUGGGUGUGAGAGGAAUUUUCCCAUGGAAGGUUGUAAGGCCAAGGAUCAAAAUGAGGGUUAUGAAAUCAGACCAUUGGAUAACACGGUGUGGGAAGACAAUAAUUAUGCUGUUUUAAAAGGAAUGACUAAAGAUGACUGUGUGAAAGCCUGUUUAGAGGACUGCAAUUGUGAUGCGGCUCUCUUCAUUCAAGGUGGAGUCUGCAGAAAGCAAAGACUUCCAUUAAUAUAUGGAAGAAGAUCACAGACUAGUUCAGACGUUGCUCUUAUCAAGGUGAGCAAGCCAACACCACCAUCGACUCAAGGAGUUUUGGGUAAUUCGGGCAAAGAGAUUAAGAAGGAGAUUCGUUUAGACAUCUUAAUCAUCAGCAUUUCACUUGUUGCUUUGGCUGCCUUGAUCUUGGCAUUUGCUGGGAUUUAUGUCCACAAAAACCGUGUUGGGAGAUAUAAGAAGAUCUCCAAGUACGGAAAUGUUGAACUGAUUGAGGAUGUAGGGAUAAGAGGAACUCGAGGUUACGUAGCCCCGGAGUGGUACAGGAAAUUGCCUGUGACAGUUAAAGCAGAUGUUUACAGCUUUGGAAUUGUUCUACUAGAGAUCAUAUGUGGCAGGAAAAGUGUUGAUUGGAGCCUCCCUGAGGAUGAAGCUAUUCUUGAAGAAUGGGUCUACACGUGUCUGCAAAAAGGGGAGACAAGUAAACUGGUGGGAGAUGAGGAGGUCGACAAGAGAAAAUUGGACAGAAUGAUUAAAAUUGGUAUAUGGUGCAUCCAAGACGAACCAUCUCUCCGUCCAUCGAUGAAGAAAGUUUUAUUGAUGCUGGAAGGGACUGUAGACAUCCCACUGUCUACUUCUGGACUCUAUGCAUAUGGAUUCUCCAAGAAAAUCAAUGGCUAUUCUGUUGGAAUUUUUCUUGCCGGGAUCCCAGAAAAAACUGUCAUAUGGACAGCAAAUAGAGACAAUCCCACUUUUCACAGCAAUGCUGUUUUGAUAUUAACCAAAGAUGGAAGGCUCGUUUCGCAGCAAGAAGGUAGAGGAGAAGAAAAUUUUGUGGAUCCCGGCAAGUCUAUUGCUUCAGCUACAAUGCUAAAGAAUGGUAAUUUCAUGCUUUACGAUUCGUUAAGAGAAUCAAGUGGCAGAGUUUUGAUCACCCGAUGGACAAUCUUUUUCCGGCCAACACCUUGCAAAUAA